GACUCGUCCGUCUUGAGUGUUUUCCUCUUUUGAGCACUUCUCUGGUGGUAAAUCGACUUCGUCACUUUUCUCUAUGCAAAAUGGUUGGUAUGUCAGCUAUCAGUCAUGUCACUCAAGGCAAAAAGAGGGGGGCAAAUAUUGCUGCUGUGGAAGCACCCGAAUUUGAAAAAGUCCAAUGGUACUCUGAUCCAAAUCUGAGAAAACUUUACCUUUGGUGUUCAGUCCUGUGUAUAGCAUCUGCAACAACUGGUUAUGAUGGGUAAGAGAGUUUUGCUGUUCUAGCUUGGCGUCGUGUACUGAUAUCCAUCAUAGAAUGAUGCUCAAUGUUUCCCAAAAUCUCGAUCAAUGGCAGACGUAUUUCAAGAAGCCACUUGGAAGCAAGUUAGGCCUUAUGAAUGCCAUAUACCAAAUUGGAAGUCUUGCCAGUUUCCCAAUUGUGUAAGGUUUACGAGUCGACGAAAUCUCAAUACGCUCACUAACAAGGUUGUAGUCCGUAUAUGGCAGAUUGGUGGGGGCGUAAGUUACCUAUCAUUGGUGGUUGCGUACUCAUGGUCUUAGGUGGUUGUCUUGGAGCUUUUUGUAAUGGAUACGGAAGUAUGUCAGUGCAGGAGCUUUGCUCUAUGUAUACUAAUACGCUAUAGUGUACGUUGCAGGCAGAUUCAUCCUUGGCUUUGGAAACAGCAUGACACAGCUAUCCUCGCCAGUUUUGCUUACUGAGAUUUGCCAUCCACAACAUCGAGGACGUGUCACCACUAUCUAUAACUGUCUAUGGAACUUGGGUGCACUUUGUAAGUUCCAUGUCAACUUUUUUAAGAUAUUAUGUAACUAACAAUGACAGUCGUCGCUUGGCUCGCUUGGGCAACGAUGAAUAUCAAAAAUGAUUGGUCAUGGCGUUCUUUGACACUUUUACAAAUUCUUCCUGCAGUCAUCCAACUCUGCUUCAUCUUCUGUGAGCAACAAGUCCAUUCGCUAUUCUCUAUAUCAAAAACUGAUAGCUUUAUCAGGGGUCCCAGAGUCUCCAAGAUGGCACAUCUCCAAGGACAGAAACGACGAAGCUCUCAAAACACUUGCAUACUACCAUGCGAACGGAGAUGAACAAAACGCCACAGUACAAUUCGAAUUUCUGGAGAUCAAGGAGACCUUGAGGCUUGAAUUUGAAUUUAAGAAGAGCAGCAACUACACCGAUUUCCUGAAAACCAAAGGCAAUCGAUAUAGAUUGGCGAUUUUGAUCUCACUAGGUAUAAUUUCGCAGUACAGUGGUAAUGCAUUGUUUAGCAACUACAUGAAUCUCAUUUAUGAAAGCAUGGGUAUCAAGAAGCAGAGCCAAAAGAUUCCCGUAAGUAUUAAAAUGAGGCUCAAAGUCUAUUUGCAACGCUAAUAGCUAUACAAGCUGAACGGUGGACAAACCUUGUUGUCUCUAAUUGUCAGUGUGCUCUGCGCUAUGCUCGUUGAUCGCGUAGGGCGAAGACCACUCUUCUUGACUUCAACCCUCGGUAUGAAAUGUUAACUAUCAUUAAAGAUACGGGUAGAGACUUACUUACACUUUCAGGAAUGUUUUUGUGCUUCUUAGCUUGGACGAUUACUUCCUCACAAUUCGAGGCACAGAACCCAGAUCCUAACGCUACCAGUUUCAAGAUGGCAGCCGGUUAUCCACAGAUUGUCUUCGUUUGGGUUUACAGCAUAUUCUAUUCCCUGGCCUGGUCUGGUCUCCUCGUGGCAUACUCACUCGAGAUAUUGCCUUAUAAACUCCGUGCUAAGGGGUUGAUGAUCAUGAAUCUCGUCGUUCAGGCUACUUUGGUUCUUGGGAAGUAAGUCUCACCAGUGAUUUUUUCAAUGACAAUUAGACACUGAACAUUGUAGCUAUACUAAUCCAAUCGCUUGGGACAACCUUCCGCAUCACUACCACCUAUCACUGAUUUACACGGUAAGUCACAAACCUGACCACUAAAUGAAGGCAACUCUAACUUCUCCUAACAGAUCUGGAUUUUCGUGGAACUAGUUUUCGUUUACUUCUUCUACAUUGAAACCAGGGGUCCAACUCUGGAGGAAUUGGCAAAGAUCUUUGAUGGAGAUGAAGCGGAAGUUGCUCAUAUGGAUAUUCAUAAGGUUGAGAAAGAUCUUCAUGGUGAUGAUGGAGCUGGUUCUCAUGAUGAGAAGAGAUUCGUUCAGACUGAACAAAAGGCAGCAUGAUUGGUAAGACCUCUAGCUAGAGCAAUUAUUGAUGUUAUGAAAUACGGGAAUUUGUUGGGGAAGGUAUGCCGUUAUGAUCUAAAUGAUGUAAUAAGC